AUUUUUGUAUUUUUGUAUUUUAGAGGGGGUUUCACUUGUUGCCCAGGCUGGGGCUUUAAUCUUUUUUAAAAAGAGCGUGCAUUUGUGAUUCCACGCUGUGUGGGGGCAGCUCAACAUCUCGGGUGCUUCACCAUGACCCGGGAGGCAGAGGCUGCCCCAACUUUGUAGAUGAGGUGGCCGGGCCGGCAGGCACUAAGGGACUUGCUCAGAUGUACAGAGCCAGGGUUCAAAUUCAGUCUGUUUGAAGCCUGUAUAUUUAGUAUUUUAAUUAAUAUAAUGUAUACAAUAGGAACAUCAGUGAAAGACUUACAGUGAAAAGCAGUGGUCCCCUGCCCCACCUCUCAGCCCCAUUCUUCAAAGAGGUUUACAUCUUGAGUGGUUUCUUUAGGUCAUUCUCCAUAGCUCUAAGUAAGCUGAUCUUUUUCAUUUUUUUCCUGAGAUAGGAUCCCCAGAUGUUGGCCAGGCUGUACUUGAACUCAUGAGCUCAAGUGAUCCUCAGCCUCCUUAGUAGCCGUUAAUACAAGUGUGAGUGACUGCACCUGGUUCUCAGCUGCUACUUGGUUUUACACAGCCUUGACUUUCUGUUACGAUGGGGUGAUGGAGCCCUUCUGUCAUAUCCCAUCUCUUCUAUCCCCUGGACUGUCUGUGUCAGGCCUGUGUAAAUACUGUUCUCUUCACAGACAAAUUGAGUGUUUGCCUUCCUGUACAGCAUGUUUUUUUUCUGUUAGUCAUGGCUUUUCUCUUGGCACUUUCUGUUCCCAUCGACUCCUUACAUUGUUUUAAAUGAUCUCAAGGAUAGUGUCAGGUCCCCUUCCUCCUUCAGCCCCUAACCUUUUUCUCAUCUGGAUGGGUUAUUCUUUAGCCUGCAGACCAGCCAACCUGAUACUUUCCUUUCUUCUACGGCUGGGUGUGUUCAGGAAUGUUUUCAUCUUGGCUUUGUUCAUUUCCACAGGACGCUCUGGCAGGUGCUGUUCCUCCGUGGAGACCCUUCUCCCUCCCUGAACGCUCUUGGAUCCUCUCUUUGGUGUUAAUGACAUUUUACCGUGUGCUGAGGUGACCAAAAGCCAGCCCCUCUUCGAGUUGAACUCUUGCGUGUUGACCGGCCACUCUCCUGUGCUCUGGAUGAUGUCUGAACACGACCUGGCAGAUGUGGUUCAGAUUGCAGUGGAAGACCUGAGCCCUGACCACCCAGGUACAGAGCUGUGGGACAUUGUUUUGGAGAAUCAUGUAGUGACAGAUGAAGACGAACCUGCUUUGAAACGCCAGCGACUAGAAAUCAAUUGCCAGGAUCCGUCUAUAAAGUCAUUCCUGUAUUCCAUCAACCAGACAAUCUGCUUGCGGCUGGAUAGCAUUGAAGCCAAGUUGCAGGCCCUGGAGGCCACUUGUAAAUCCUUAGAGGAAAAGCUGGAUCUGGUCACGAACAAGCAGCACAGCCCCAUCCAGGUUCCCAUGGUGGCCGGCUCCCCUCUUGGGGCAACCCAGACGUGCAACAAAGUGCGAUGCGUCGUCCCCCAGACUACAGUAAUACUCAACAAUGAUCGGCAGAACGCCAUUGUAGCCAAGAUGGAAGACCCCUUGAGCAACAGGGCACCGGAUUCCCUGGAAAAUGUCAUUAGCAACGCUGUGCCUGGGCGUCGGCAGAACACCAUUGUGGUGAAGGUGCCGGGCCAAGAAGACAGCCACCAUGAAGACGGGGAGAGCGGCUCGGAGGCCAGCGACUCGGUGUCCAGCUGUGGACAGGCGGGCAGCCAGAGCAUUGGGAGCAACGUCACCCUCAUCACCCUGAACUCAGAAGAGGAUUACCCCAAUGGCACCUGGCUGGGCGACGAGAACAACCCUGAGAUGCGGGUGCGCUGCGCCAUCAUCCCCUCCGACAUGCUGCACAUCAGCACCAACUGCCGCACAGCUGAGAAGAUGGCGCUCACGCUGCUGGACUACCUCUUUCACCGCGAGGUGCAGGCCGUGUCCAACCUCUCGGGGCAGGGCAAGCACGGGAAGAAGCAGCUGGACCCGCUCACCAUCUAUGGCAUCCGGUGUCACCUUUUCUAUAAAUUUGGCAUCACGGAAUCCGACUGGUACCGAAUCAAGCAGAGCAUUGACUCCAAGUGUCGCACGGCGUGGCGGCGCAAACAGCGGGGCCAGAGCCUGGCAGUCAAGAGCUUCUCGCGGAGAACGCCGAACUCAUCUUCCUACUGCCCCUCAGAGCCGAUGAUGAGCACCCCACCUCCCGCCAGCGAGCUCCCGCAGCCACAGCCGCAGCCGCAGGCCCUGCACUACGCGCUGGCCAACGCUCAGCAGGUGCAGAUCCACCAGAUCGGAGAAGACGGACAGGUGCAAGUAAUCCCACAGGGACACCUCCACAUCGCCCAGGUGCCGCAGGGGGAGCAAGUCCAGAUCACGCAGGACAGCGAGGGCAACCUCCAGAUCCAUCACGUGGGGCAGGAUGGUCAGCUUCUAGAGGCCACCCGCAUCCCCUGCCUCCUGGCCCCAUCCGUCUUCAAAGCCAGCAGUGGCCAGGUGCUGCAGGGCGCACAGCUGAUCGCCGUGGCCUCCUCGGACCCCGCGGCAGCGGGCGUGGAUGGAUCGCCGCUCCAGGGCAGCGACAUCCAGGUUCAGUACGUGCAGCUGGCGCCAGUGAGCGACCACACAGCCGGGGCGCAGACGGCCGAGGCCCUGCAGCCCACGCUACAGCCGGAGAUGCAGCUCGAGCACGGGGCCAUCCAGAUCCAGUGAGCGGUGCCCGCGGCUCGAGGAACGCCCGGCACCAGGAGCCCCUCGCUGGCUCCGCCCAUGGCCCGGCCCCCAUGCGCCCUGCUCUCUCGGCCUCAGCACAGGCAGCGGCUGCACGGAUUCUGCUGAAGUGCGUCUGAAGGCUGCUGCCUCCGCGGGGAAGAGCGCCCUAUCAACUGAAAGAGCAGCCGCCGCCGCCCCCAGCCGGAGACCUUUCGUUUGAGUCACGCUGUUGGUGUCGGAGGACGGAGGGGAGGCACAGUGCGGAGAGCGUCGCGUAUGCGCGGGAAAUCAAGAACUAUGAUAUUUUUCUGUUUAAACAGCUUUUUUUAAUUUGCUAUGGUGUUUAUAACAAAAAAGAAAAUUUGAAAAAAAAAAUCCCAGGGGAGUAGCAGGAGCCCUUUGCUGUGUGCUCUGUCCACUGUUAUGAGACAGGAGCCCUUUGCUGUGUGCUCUGUUCAGUGUCAUGAGGCAGGUGUUUGCAAAGCCAGCUCUCGGUUCCGAUGGGGUAUUGCUGACCUACUUUUCUAGGGGAAAUGCUCUCAAACACUGUAAUUAUGCAUUUCUAAUUAAAUAAAAUGUAUUUAUGACCACAA